UGUAAAUCUGCACCGAUGUGAGGAGAAGCGUCUGUGUGGAGCUUCGCUGGGAGGGAUGCGCCGCUGCGUUGUGCGCAGGCGGAGGCUGUUGUGUUGUUGCUGUUGUGUUGCCGAUUUGUGCUGCACUGGUUUGUAUUUGCAGACCAGCAAUCUAAAUCGAUGCAGACUGGUGUUUAUGUAUGUAUGCAUACAUUUUUAAUCAAACGUGACAGUAAAGCUGAGGAUGCAAAAAAAAGGGGUCAUGCUGGGAGAUAAUGACUCAGCAAUCAUCUGCUGACGAGAGGAAACUGAACUAACUUCCGAGAAGCGGCUGGUUUGUUUCCCUGGAAACCAGCUGGAGCCCAGGUUACCCGACACCCUCCAGCCUCUGUGUUUUGCAAAUAGGGAGUCUUGGAGUGAAAGUGUGAAUAUUGAUUUGAGCAGCACUUCCAGGCUGAUGAUCAUUCCACCAGAGGAAACCCAGCUGCUGUGUUAUGCCAUCCCAAAGGCUUCCUGGAUCCCCAGCUGAGAAAGAGAAGGGUUGAUCCCAGUCCUCCUCCAGGUUCCUGCUUUUUUUUUUUGAUCCCUACCCUUUUCCCAUCAUGUUUGAUUUUCUCCUUCUUUGACCUUUACUUGUCACAUCUGUACACCCCCAGUUUUUUCAUUUUCCACCACUUUUUUAGUAUGUCACCCUGCCUGGUAUCCAUUUAACCACUGGUUUUGUUCCCGCUACGCUAGCCGACUUUCCUUCAGGUUUACUCCCUUCCUUCACAAGUCCUUUACCCCCCAACCUUCUGGCUGCUCACAGAGUCACAUGGCUUCAGGAGGCCAUGCUCCUGACAUCGAUGUGCUGGUAAAACCGUUACAGGUAAAGGUGGACAAGGACGAAGAGGAUGCAUCUAUGGAGGAACCGGAGGAGGAAGAGGAGGAAGACUGGGAAAAGGCCCUGUCUGUAGAACGCUUCGGAGACAUUCUUAGUGAUUCUGCUUCCAGCAACGGGGACCGAAUAGGGCGCCACUAUACUGAGAAAGACUUUGAAAAUCACAGGCACAUGUUCCAUCAUACACACCACCCCUUAUCCACACACCUGCCUGCACCCCAGCGGUCCCGCAAGAGGGCGCAGAGCACAGAGAAACGGCACAAAAGGAGCAGAAAGAAGAAAAAGACCUCACUCCCCCCCUCUAACGUAACACCCACCAUACAUGAGGUGGACGAGGAGGAGGCGGGGUCUGACACAGAAGUACACGGGGUGGAUGCCACGCCCACUGGACAGCUCGACAGCCCACAAAAGUUUAGUUUUGGGAGCAAAGAAGACUUAGAGGAGUCCACUCCACCUGCAAGCGUCCACAUGGAAAAUGAAGAGCAUCCGCUCCAGAGGGCAGCCGCAUUUCCUCCGAUGAAAGAGGUCAACCAUAACGGAGGAAUCGCUGUUAAUGGAGAGAAGAUCGAGCUGAGAGGGGAAGAAGCAGCUUGCAGCAGUGCCCCUCCAGGUUCAGAUCCUUCAACCCCAACCUGUGGCUGGUUUCGCAGGAAGCCCCUCCACCAUCGUCUGGCAGGCGUCCAGCGGAACAGCUACGACCUGCGAGACAGAAUCUGCAUCGGCAGCAUGACGGCUCUGGAGACCGCCAUCUACCAGCAAGUUCCCACUGAUGAGGCUGAAGCCCAAAUGCUGGCCAGUGCCGACCUGGAUGACAUGAAGAGCCACAGGUUUGAGGACAACCCUGGAGUGCGUCGCCACCUCGUGAAAAAGUCGUCUCGAUGUCAGUUGUCGCGUUCCAGCAACAGCUCCACCCCUUUAUCCAGUCUGAAGAAGAAAAAGAGGGCAGCAGAGAAGAAGACUCAUGAGCUCUUCGUCGAGCUGAACGAGCUGAUUGUGGAGAAAGACCUCGAGAUGCGCUGGAAGGAGCGCGCUCGCUGGAUCAAGUUUGAAGAAGAUGUAGAGGAGGAGACGGAGCGCUGGGGGAAACCUCAUGUGGCCUCGCUGUCAUUCCGCAGCUUGCUGGAGCUUCGUCGCACCAUCACACACGGUGCCAUCCUGUUGGACCUUGAGCAGAACACUUUACCAGGGAUCGCCCAUCUGGUUGUAGAAACGAUGAUCAUUUCUGACCAGAUUAGAGCUGAGGACAGACCCAGCGUUCUCCGGGCUCUACUUCUCAAACACAGCCACCCGAGUGACAUGAAGCAUCGUUUUCACCGCCAUCAAUCAUCUGGCAGUCUUCACGGCAGCUUCAAUCACAACCAUUCCCAAGACACCAGUCAGCCACUGGUGUCAGAAGAAUCAGACGAGCAUCACGAAAUCAAAGGGCCAGUUUACGACCCCAAACAAGACGUUUUUGUCAGCUUGUUUAAAUCCCUCCACCCUCUGCCUGCUGAGACCCAUCCUGCUGCAGCCAGAUCCAUGAAACUGCUUUCCAAGAUCCCUAAGGAUGCAGAAGCUGUCAUUGCUUUAGUUGGCUGUGUUGACUUCCUGGAGCAGCCAGCGAUGGCCUUUGUCCGGCUGAAUGAAGCGUCCCUGCUGGAGUCCGUACUCGAAGUUCCCGUCCCCGUACGAUUUCUUUUUGUCCUGCUCGGCCCCAGCCAGUCUAAUGUGGAUUAUCAUGAGAUUGGACGCUCCUUUUCCACUCUCAUGUCUGACAAGAACUUCCACGAGGUGGCUUACUUUGCUGACGACAGGCAGGACCUCCUAAAUGGGAUUAAUGAGUUUCUGGACUGCAGCAUUGUCAUUCCGCCCUCAGACAUCGAGGGCAAAGACCUGCUGAAGACAGUGGCCGACUUCCAGAAGCAGCUUUUGCGCAAGAGGAAGGAGAGGGAAGUGAAGAAGCAUCACCCCACGUUAGGAGCAGAACAGGAAAACAAAGAUGUGACUCCAGAGGAGGAGGAGGAGGAGGACCAGGAGGUGGACCCAUUGACACGCUCAGGUAUCCCAUUUGGAGGUCUGAUCCACGACAUCCGCCGGCGCUAUCCGCUGUACAUCAGCGAUUUCAAGGAUGCCCUGGACAUGCAGUGCAUUGCUGCGGUCAUCUUUAUCUACUUUGCUGCACUAUCACCCACCAUCACUUUUGGAGGCCUGCUGGGAGAAAAAACAGAAGGCAUGAUGGGAGUGACUGAGCUCAUAGUUUCAACAGCAACUCUUGGAGUUAUAUUCUCUCUGUUUGCUGGUCAGCCACUCCUCAUCAUUGGGUUUUCGGGACCUUUACUGGUGUUUGAGGAAGCUUUCUACAAGUUCUGUCAGGCCUACAAGUUCGAGUACCUGACCGGUCGAGUUUGGAUUGGUUUCUGGCUCAUCGGCAUCGUUCUGGUGAUUGUGGCGGCAGAGGGCAGCUUCCUCGUCCGCUACAUCUCACCUUUCACCCAGGAGAUUUUCGCUUUCCUUAUAUCCCUCAUCUUCAUUUAUGAGACAUUCUCAAAGCUAGUCAAGGUGUUUAAGGAGCAUCCCCUGAUGGCAGUGUACCCCACAGACACCACCGCAACCACAGGCUUUCCAAACGAGGACUAUCUCAUCUUCAAUCAGCCCAACACGGCUCUCUUAUCUCUGGUGCUCAUGAUGGGCACCUUCUUUAUUGCUUUCUUCCUCAGGAAGUUCAGAAACAGUCGUUUUUUAGGUGGGAAGGCUCGGAGAAUCAUUGGGGAUUUCGGCAUCCCCAUCUCAAUCUUAGUUUCAGUAUUGGUGGAUUACUCUAUCACUGACACCUACACACAGAAACUCAAUGUGCCAUCAGGCUUCUCAGUGACUUCUCCUGAUAAAAGAGGAUGGUUCAUCAGUCCAUUUGGUGACAAGCAGCCCUUCCCCACUUGGAUGAUGGGAGCAUCUGUUGUCCCAGCGCUGCUCGUUUUUAUACUCAUAUUCAUGGAAACUUAA